AUGGAGAAGGAUGGAAAACUUAUGAUUGCUCAAAUAUAUGUUGAUGACAUUGUGUUUGGAGGGAGGUCAUACCAGAUGGUGGAACAUUUUGUCAAACAAGCGCAAUCAAAAAUUGAGAUGAGUCUUGUUGGUGAAUUGAACUAUUUUCUUGGACUUCAAGUGAAACAGAUGGAUGACUAUAUCUUCAUCUCUCAAAGUAAGUGUGUCAAGAAUACAGUAAAGAAGUUUGGUAUGGAAAAUGCAAGUAAAAAGAGGACACCUAGUCUUACUCGUGUGAAAUUAUCAAAGGAUGAAAAAGGUAUUGAUGUUGAUCAAGGCUUAUACAUAAGUAUGAUUGGUAGUUUGAUGUACCUUACAACUAGCAGACCCGAAAACAAGUCACAUUAA